AUACUUGUGUCCCUGUGUGUAGGUUAUGCUUCGUGUCAGUGUCAGUACUGAAAAUUGCUGGAAAUCUAUAGUUCACGUGUGUGUGUAGCUUUCCGUAAACUCGUGUUACCGUCUGAAUAUAAUCAUUGUUUUUUUACGAAAAAUUCUGCUGACAAAUGCGAUAAUAUUUCGCUGCAAUUUGCUGUUUAAUUGGAUUUAAAAAAGGACGUAAAAUACAGACCACAAUGUGCCUCUCAAAUAUAUCCGGUGUGCCGGAUAAACAUUGGCAACCACCCUUCGUUGCCUUCGAGACUACAAUGGGUGAAAUAACCUUCGAGUUAUAUUGGAAACACGCUCCCAUCACGUGCAGAAACUUUGCCGAGCUCACGCGACGCGGAUAUUAUAAUGGCACCAAGUUUCACAGGAUCAUCCGUGACUUUAUGAUUCAAGGUGGAGAUCCUACCGGGACAGGGAAAGGCGGGAUGUCCAUAUAUGGCGAAUGUUUUGACGAUGAGAUACACGAUGAUUUGAAACACACAGGUGCUGGAAUAUUAUCAAUGGCAAAUUCUGGACCAGAUACAAAUGGAUCACAAUUUUUCAUAACGCUUGCACCUACACAAUGGCUCGAUGGCAAACAUACUGUAUUUGGUAGAGUUCAUACUGGCAUGACUAUAGUUAAAAGAAUUGGACUAGUUGAGACAGAUAAGAAUGAUCGUCCUGUAGAUGAUGUUAAAAUUGUGAAAGGCUCUGUGAAGAAUGCUUGAAUUUUUAUAGGGAAAUCUGUAAAGAGUAUGAGCCUUCUUAAGGCUUUUAAAUUUUUAAUUGUAAAAACGUAUUUUUUUUUACUAAAAGAACAUUUUCUCCAUUCUCAUUUCUGUAUAACUAUAUGUCAUUUUACCAUAUUAUGUAUAUAAAAUACAUAAAAAUGUGGAAAUAAAAUUUGUAUUACUUAUAUAUAUAACUUG